AUGCAAAGGGUUACCGACCAUUUGGGAUACAUAUCGUUCCCAAUCACUUUGGAUGAUAAUGUUAAGGAACUCCAUGUUCUCAUCCGUACAGACGAUCCUAAAAUUGAUCGCAAAGAACAGGCAGACGCAGCACACGUACUCUGGGCUGAUAAGUCCACCCAUGGAUUUAUUUCCAUUACAAGUAAAUCAAAGUAUAGCACAUCUCUAUCAGUAGGUGACACAUACCGGAGCCCUUUAGUCACGAGAGGCACUGUAGUUUCGGAUAAGAUAUACUUAAUAGUUGUAAAUCGCGGACACAUUAUUCAUUCAGAAAGGCUUUCAUCGGACAAAGGGAUCAAAUUAGAGAUAACACGAGAUAUGACUCCUUUUAUACGUGUUAUGGUUGUGGCGGUCACUAGGAAUUCAGAACUGGUGUCCGAUUCUAUGAAAAUAGAGGUAAAUGAAGACAAUUGCGGUCUCGAUAUGAGUGUAGAGAACGACACCAAACAAGUGAAUCCGGGAAAGACAUUGAAUUUGGUUGUGAACGGAACCAAAGGAGACAGCGUUGCUCUCCUUGCGGUCGAUGAAGCCGUUUAUAUUCUCAGAGAUGCCGACAAACUAACCAAAAGUAAAUUAAUGAAAGAGUUGUCAAAAUCAGAUAUGGGUUGCGGUCCCGGGACAGGUCUGGAUGUAUCUCUUGUGGCCAAUAACGUCGGCGUUAAGAUAAUUAGCGGAGAAUUGAUGGACACGAAUGAAAAUAGCGAUGAAUUCUGUAUUCGACGGCAAUCUGUCAAAAGGAAAAGGCGAGACAUCUCUAGUAUAGUGAAUAUCUACUCGGGAUUUCUGCAGAAGUGCUGUAUGUUAGGCGUUUGGCCCUCGAAUAUCAACCGGAACUGCGAUCACAAGGCAAACAUAUUGAAGAAAUAUAUGCCAAACCACACGGCCUGCUAUAACGCGUUUGUCAAUUGCUGUAAAUAUGUUUCAAAACCCCCGAGACCUGAGCCGGUUCGCACGCAAUUCUCGGCAACAAAAGACAACAGACAGAGGAUUGGUUUAGAGACUGAAGAGUACGUUCACAUCGCAUACGAACAGGACUUGGAAGACAAGACAUUUGUAAGAAAGGAUUUCCGCGAGUCCUGGCUUUUUCAUGUUGUGCUUCUCAAUCAAAGUUCAAACACCUUUCCCGUUACGUUUCCCCAUGCGAUCACAACCUGGGCCUUAACUGCAAUGUCAGUAUCGGCCACAAACGGCUUCUGUAUUAUGCCUUCUCCGCUCCGUUUGCGUACAUUUCAGGACAUAUUUAUUCAGAUAUCACUUCCAUAUUCUGUGGUUCAGAACGAACAGAUGGAGAUGAUUGUCACAGUCUUUAACUAUGGGGGCAAUCGAUUACCAGUUCUGGUCUACACGUAUGGCAUCGAAGAUAUCUGUUCUGAAGCCGAGAUUGUCGGAGAGAAGACUAAAAAGCAUUUAGUUGUGGACCAGAACUCGUUUGUGACCGUUUCGUUCCCUAUGGUUCCCCUGAAAACGGGGACAUUUGACUUGAAAGUAGUUGCCCUCUGGGCGAGUGGUGGAGAUGUUGUCAUUAAAACGCUGAAUGUCGUUCCGCCCGGUAUUACGGUUGAGGAGGAUUUGACUUUUCAAUUGGACCCUAAGAAUAGACAGCGAAGGAGUAAACGAUCUCUAAAAACGGGUAAAAUAGAGGACGAAAUCAUUUCCGAGAAUUCUCUUCAGAAGACUGUUGUGAACGUUGAGCCCGACCUGACCCGCAAUAUAGUUCCCGGCACUCGAGAGUGUAUUAUCGCCGGCAUUGGCAAUGAAUACGGCGCCACAUCCUAUACCACUCUCAGUGAUAUCGAUAGACUUAUUAGACAACCCAAAGGAUGCGGUGAACAGACUAUGCUAUAUAUGGCGCCCACACUCUAUACGCUUAAGUACUUGAAAUCAAUUGAAAGACUGAACGGAGAUCUCAAAUAUAGAGGACUUAAAUAUAUUAAAAAUGGUUACAAAAGACAGCUCUCAUUCCGCAAAGACGACGGCUCUUUCAGUGCAUUCUCUACCCGUCCCGCAUCUGUUUGGUUGACAGCAUUUGUGAUGAAAGUCUUAUGUCAGGCCAACCCUUUCCUCACGAGCGACAAGUUUGACCCAAAGGUGAUCUCGAGUGGACUCAAUUGGCUCUUGAAAGUACAGAAAGACGACGGGUCGUGGACUGAAACCCAUGCAGUGGUUCACGAGGACGCGUUGGGUGGAGUGAAGGGUAUCGUUCCCCUAACCGCUUAUGUUUUGAUUGCAUUUCACGAGUGCAGAAACGUCUUGAAAGACAGUAUCAACGAUUCAAAAGUUUUAGAGAAUUCUCUGAACAAAACGAUUCAUAGAUCUGAGAAUUAUCUCAAAUUAAAUCAAAACGAAAUCAUAAAAAAGAGGAACACCUAUGCGAUGGCAUUAGUGGCCUAUAGCCUGACCUUCACUAACGCACAAAACUCUCUGAAACUGGUGGACGCACUCCACACGACCGCAAACAUCGACAACAAUAGAAACUAUAAGUAUUGGCGACACGACUAUGAGGUGGAGGCCACUGCCUAUGCAUUGAUGGCAAUGUUGAACUCCGGCAAUAAGAACUCAUUGGACGGCCUAUCGAUCUCGAAUUGGCUCAACUCUGUCCGAUCCUUUUCGGGCGCUUUCGCCUCAACUCAAGACACAAUCGUUGCGUUGGAGGCGUUGUCCCAAUACAUUGAACGCCAGAGAUCGCCAACGAAUACCAUUUCGCUCUUAUGUAACAUCACUUCACACGACAUGACGGCUAACCGUUUCAAGAGAGCGCUGGCAUUCAAUGCGGACAACGCACUCGUAUUGCAAACAUUCAAAUUAGACUCGGAUUCGUCUAAAUUGAAAUUCACGACAACUGGCGAAGGAAUGGGACAAAUGUUUGUCAGAUUGAAGUACAAUGUGUUUGAACCGCCAGAAGUUCUUUGUCGGUUUGAUCUGAACAUUGAAGUGAAGGAAUGGAAAGCGCCGGUAGAAGCGCGAGGAGACAAUCCUCCAGAGAUUGACGACAACUUCUUUAAUGACUUCAACAACGAUUUGGUUCAGACACUAGACCUGAAGCACACGAACAGCAGAAGGAAGCGUUCGUUUUGGAGUAAUUUUGGUAAACGUAAGAAGCCUUCGGUCGCCGAAUCCGUCUCUAUUGAUACGACUCGUAGGAGAGACUCGACUUCAAGUCAUCAAGAAUUGAAUGAAAGCAACGAUAAUCUGGAACUCAAUUCAGACAUAAGUGACAACAGGAGCUUCAAGAAGAAUAAUUUGAGCUCUAAUUCGAUCGGCAGUUCUGACGGCAAAAGUAAAUUAGUUUUGUUGAUCGAGACGUGCAUUCGACACAUUCCUCGCUAUUAUUCCGAUAUGAGUCUCAUUGAAAUCGGAAUACUUAGCGGUUAUAAACCAAAUAAAGACGAUUUGGAAGAGAUUAUCAAAAUGGAGGACUCAUUAGUCUCUAAAUACGAGAUAUCCGAACGAAAUAUUGUCUUUUACUUCGAGAAAGUGCCGUUCGGUCGGCCCUAUUGUCUGCAGUUCAGGAAAAUACAAGAACACAGUAUAGGCAAUGCUCAGGCGGCUAUGGUUAAGGUCUAUGACUACUACCAUAAAGAUCACAGUUGUUCCCAACUGUUUACUCCCUCGCGUUUAAGCGAAUACAUCGAAACGAAGUGCAAUUCCGAAGUGUGUGAAUGUGCCAAACGGGAGAACUGUCCCACAGCUAAGGCUUUGGUCGAAAUCGGAAAGAUCGCCGAAAUGCGAGUCGUGAGGGCGCGCACUAUGUUUGAAGACCUGGAAGUGAAUCUGCAACGAAACGAUAAGUUUGGAUUAAGUCUGAACCCUGAAUGCGAUGACAUCACGACAUCGGCGGGCAAAGACACCAUCAUAUUCGGUCACUUCCAUGAAAAAGUGGGACAUUUGAACAGCUCUUCCAUUGUUUAUGACAUUAGCAGCGGUUUGAAAGCAGACGAAACGCAAACAUACAUUGUGUCCAUACUUAUCAACUUAAAGGAUAAGAUUAAACGACUUCAAUGGAAGUGUCCCGAAGGCGCACAAACUUAAGAUCACAAACCAUUUACUUUAGAUAUGGUUUACAAAUGAAAUGUCUGACAAUUUUUUCUCAUUUACCUCUUAAUCGACGUUUAGAAAGGAUUUCACUUCACUUUAGUACUUAUGAGACGAGCUUUAAAUUGAGUGAUGA